AUGGCGGAGGCCCUUGCAGCGGAGUUUGGAGUUCAAAUAGCCAAUCAACUGGACACACCCCGGGUUGUGCUUGAGGUAGACUCUUUAUGCCUUGUUCGACAUAUGCAGGAGGAAGGAGAACCCAUUUCCGAAAUGGGCAUCAUCUGCCGCAACAUCAAGAAGCUUUUGAGGAGACCAGGCAGUGCUGAAGGCGCCAUCAGCCACAUCCGACGAGAGGCAAACCAAGCGGCGCACAUUAUGGCUCAUAGCAAGACUAACUGGGAGAUGAGAGAAGUUUGGCUCGAUAGAGCGCCUGUUUUUUUGUUAGACCAGCUACGUCUGGAUGAUGUAGCCAUUGACCUGAUUUAA